AUGGAGAUUGAAGCCUCUCUACCACCACCACAAGUGAGAUUUGAUAAAAUCUGUUAUGGCCCUUAUAAGCUACGAAGAAGCUGCGAAAUAACAAGAAGAAGUCCUCAAACACCGGAGGCACAACAAGAAGGACUGGACGCAGGUCUACCAACACCUGCAACCAACAGAAAGGUGAUUGCCCCAGGGGCAUUUGAACCUGACGAGACAAUCGAAGAAGAAUCGAACGAGUCGAAUAUCGAAUACGAAGACCCAAUUAACGACAACGAGAUCUCGGAUAACGCGGGUGGCUCUGGUAGCCGUGAUGAUGUGAGUGAGGAAACUCACAUGAGAUUGGAGAUCGCGAGACUCCAGCAUGAAGUCCAACAGAUGAAAGCAAGUAGAGGUGAACCCUCUGCUAGUGAUGAGAACAUUAGUGCAGAUUUAGCAAACUAUCUGCAGAGAAAAGGCAGAACAUCUGCUAUUGUGAAGAUUCUUAAUGAAUUCCGUGAUCAAGUGAGGUCCAUAAGGAAGCCAGUUGUACUGACUGGAUCUGGAAACUACUCCAUGUGGAAAGAGGAGAUCCUCCUCGCAGCGAGGCAAUCUGAGACCGAUGAUAUCCUUGAGGAGAAGCAAACUGGCCCUGAUGAUAACGCCAGCACUGAUAUGCAACGAUUUUGGAAAGAACGCAAUGUGUGGCUAUACAACUACAUAUGGUCCUCAGUUGCUCCACAGGCGAAAUCUCAUUUUACUGUGCCCAAGGAUUCUGAACUAUCUGCAUAUUCUCUAUGGUCUAUCAUAGAAGACAACUUCGCUGAGAGGCCUGCUGUUCUGAGGACAAGGUUGUACAAAGAGAUGACAAGCAUGACAGCCAAGUCAAAGGGUUCUGAUCGCGCGUUUAUUGAACGCUUGAUUGCCAUAAGGACUGACUAUAUCCGCCUAGGAUAUAAGGUCGAAGAUUUCAUGUUUUUUGACUGCCUACUUACUGGUAUGAGGCAAUGA